AUGAUUCCCAGUUCUCGCUUUGCCCCAGGCACGAACGCUCGCCCGAGAGCGACGGCCCAAACGAUCUGCCAAAAAUGCCUCAAACGCGGUCACUUCAUGUUCGAGUGCAAGAAUCCUCGGCCAUACGUCACGCGUCCGAGUCGGACUGAAAUGCUAGAGAACCCGAAGUUGAGUGCAAGGGAGCUGGGGAAGCCGACUGUUGAUGUCCCAGAGGAGUUUACUAAGAACGGCACGGCAGAUAAGAUAUUAAAACAAAAAGAAGAAGAGCGAGAACGGGAACGAAAGCGUCAGAAGCGUGGAACUCCUACCGAGUCGUCUGACUCCGACUCUGAAGACUCAGAUAGCUCAGAUGAUUCUGAUUCUGAGUCUGACUCGGAGGAGUCAGAUAGCGAGAGAUCGAGCGACAGAGAUAGGAUAAGAAAGGCACCAAAGAGGAUAGAAGAGAGUAAGGAACGCCGUCCGAGGAGGGACAGUGAAGAUGUGGAUGAAGAUCAGUCUCCGACGAAGAGAUCUGCAAGGAGAGACCGCAGUGAGGAGCGGCAUAAGAGAAAGCCCGAGCGUAGGAACGAUGACGAUGGUCGACGCGACAGGAGGAACGACAGCGGAGACGACAGUGAGGAUGAGCGGCACGGGAAGCAACGAGGUACUGGGCGGGACAGCGAUGAUCGUCCGCGUCGCCACUCAAAUGACGAUGACAACGACCGACGACGCGAUUUGGACGGUGAAGACGGGCGCCGACGGCGCUAUUCAGACGACAGAGAUGGCCGCAGACAACGCUAUAACGAGGACGAGGACGAUCGUGGUUACAGAAGACGUGGUGAAGCCGGCGACGACCGCCGAAACGACGGAGAGCGCGAACGCAGCCCACGGAGAAGAUAAAGACUGACGGAGACGGAGAAUUGCCGGAGCCGAGUCCCGACCGAGGCGCAUUUCCACAUGGCUGUGUGCUCUAAUGAAACCGUUUCUAUGUUCCCUUUCUUUCUGGUUGAACGAGAACUAGUGAUUAU